UAAAUUGCAGCUGUGGUCCUGUGAGCCACUCACGUGCCGGACGCCUUCCAAUUGACAAGUGUAUAUCGACAGUUGUUAAUAGUUCCCAAUUUAAAUUUCCGAAAAGACUUCGACAAAUAUAUCAACAUAAUCUUCUAUAAAAUAAUCCCUCAGACAACACUAAACUGUAUACGAGACUCUUAUCACAGACAAAACGUCUGUAACGUUUGUCUAUUUACCAGCACGUGUCACACAAUAACCGCAUCUAUUCCAACCACAAAAAGUUCAUAUGCUUCGCUGAUGCUACUAGUCUUUAAUUGAUUGACAGCACAAAGAAGGGUUAAGAAAACAAUGAUCUUCGGAACGAUAGUUGGUAUAUAAUGGUGUCUAGAAUUAGCGACGACACAGUCUGAACCAUUAGCAACAUGGGUAAAGAUCGCAGAAGCUCAGUUCGAGUAGGAGAUAUCUUGAACGACAGUCAACUGUGUCAUAUAAUAAAGAAAUGGGUUGGAGAAGGAAGCUGGCAGGUGGUGAGCGCAGAGCUCAGACCAGCAGCGGUCGAAGGAAUAGCCGGGUUUCUCGGUGACCACUUUAGACUGACCGUGCGAAUCAAGCUGGAAGGACGCCUGGUGACUAUCCCCAUGUUCGUCAAGUCUCUGCCGCUGAACAAUGCGCCGAAAGCGGAUUUCAUUGAUGAGCAUCAUUUUAACAAGAAGGAAGUGGCUAUAUUCAAAUUGAUAGACGAAAUGGAUAUAGAAGGUCCAAACCCGUUUGUGGCUAACGCGCUUCUCUACAACGAGUCCAUCUUAGUAAUGCGCGACUUGACUCCCGAGGGCUACACCACCACCAACCAGCUGGAAACCUUCGACCUUCCCCACGUGCUGGUCACCCUUGCCUCUGUAGCACGCUUCCAUGCUGCCUUUGCGAACCAUGAGACCAAGAAAAGCCUCGCUCUCCAACGCCCAUACUCAAUCUUAGAAGAACAUGGCACCGUCACUGUUGAGAACAACUUUAAAAACACACCUUGGAUCCACGCAGGAGCCAAACUUAGCGCCAACAUCAUGAAACACUUUUCAGAUAAAUACGGAGACAUCCCUGAUUUAGAAGCUAAAUUGUUGAAACAGUUCUUAGAAGCUUGUGAUGAAUUAACAGAGCACAAGGACACCUUAAAUGUGGUGCUCCACAAGGAUCUUUGGGUCAAUAACAUAAUGUUCAAAUAUGAAAACGGCGAGCCGAUAAAUUCAAUCCUAGUGGACUUCCAAUGUGUGCGCUACGGACCACCCGCUUUCGACGUUACUUUCUUCAUAUACAACACUACCUCACGGAGCUUCCGCUACCAAUAUGAGGCAACUUAUCUUAAACACUACUUUGACAUCUUUACAGAAUGCUUAGACGUGCAUACCAAGUUGCGCCUAAAAGUUUUAGGGUAUGAUUUUGAAGAGUUUCUCCGCUGGAUAGAGUUUAGUAAAAGAUUCGCAGUUCUCGGAGGGCUUAUGCUAGGUCCGUACGUCCUGAUGGAUCCAGAGUCGGCUCGGGUGAACUUCGACGACCCGGCCACGUUUGAGAAGUAUACUAAUGAGGAUCGGUCGGAGCCUGUGUUGGCGCAUGCGCACCGCUGUCCACAGUACAAGCAGCGGCUGGUUGAUAUAAACGAGGAGUUCGUGGAGCGGUACGUGCAACCUUAGACCGGGAAACCAGUACAAAGCUGUUACACGUGAUAUUUGUGAUCAUUUUAUACUGUUAGUGUAGUAGUUACCCAAUUAAAAUAAUGCGCUCCGUGAUGAAUAAAAAAUUAAUAUUAUAGGACAUUAUUACACAAAUAGACUAAGCCCAGCAGUAAGCUCAAGAAGGCUUGUGUUUUGGGUACUCAGACAGCGAUAUAUAUUAUAUAUAAAUACUUAAAUACACGGAAAACACCCAAUACUCAGGAACAAAUAUCCGUGCUCAUCACACAAAUGCCCUUACCGUGAUGUGAACCCAGAACCAUUAGCUUCAUAGGGACGGUCGUCAAAAUUACUAAAUUGCUAAAUUUGUCUUCGCUUGACAUCUGUAUUAAAUAGUUAAAUAGAAACGCUCAAAUUAACCAACGUGAACUUUGAUAACUUUAGGACGAACCGUACUAGUAACACUAUUUGUAUAUUUUAAAUUAAAUUUUAGGGAAAUGUGAUGGGUGACACCUCCACCUAAUGUGUAAAUAAUGUAAUUUAAAUAAUCUAUCAAAAUCUAAA